UAAUGCCAAAUCCUAAGUGUGGAUUCCACCAUAUAUUAACCAUAAAGCCAUGAUCACUUUGGGUAAAUUUGGUGAAUCCAUGAAUGAGAAACGAAAGGCCAAUUAACCAAUAGGUAAAUAGCAUGGUAACAAACUAACAAUGCACGUUCUCGGGCUAUGGAAAAUUUUGACAGAUAUUUAAGUGUGCUUAUGGUUUCCCAUUGUCUAACAAAAUAGCAGGAGCCUUCUUGAUUUCUCUUGGUAGAUUAAACCAUCUGUAUUAUAUACUUCGUAUGUAUCAGUAAUUCAUAUAUAAAGAUCUGUACCUAUCAAGCUAUUAGCUUCUUAAUGUGAUUUAAGUGUCAAAGCAUAUGUUAGCUCAUUCUGCUGUAGCUCACUUAUUUUACCUGAUGCAGUUGGGUUACCGACACAUCGAUUGUGCACAUAUCUAUGGAAAUGAGAAGGAGGAACUUUGAUCAUGAACCAGAAGAUGUUCCAAAGGCGCUAGAUAGGACUUUGAGUGACCUUCAACUUGAAUACUUGGACCUAUAUCUUAUCCACUGGCCAGUAAAGGAGAAAAAAGGAUUAUAUGGUAACAAUCCUGGGAGAUACGUUCCAGCAGACAUACCUAGUACAUGGAAAGCAAUGGAGGCGCUCUAUGAUUUAAGUAGGGUUCGAGCCAUCGGAGUUAGCAAUUUCUCUAUAAGGAUGCUAGACAACCUUCUUGAAUCUGCCCGUAUUACUCCUGCUGUAAACCAAGUUGAAUGUCAUCCUAUGUGGCAACAAGAGAAGCUGCAUGAAUUUUGCAAAACAAAGAGCAUUCAUCUAUCUGGAUAUUCACCUCUGGGUUCUCAAGGUUCUGGUGCAAAAAAUAAAUGGAUUCUUGCUGAUCCUAUUAUCACUACGGUUGCAAAGGAACUAGGAAUUUCUCCUGCACAAGUAGCUCUUCGCUGGGGGCUUCAGAAGGGCCAUAGUGUACUGCCUAAAACCUCAAAUGAAGCAAGGUUGAAGGAGAAUAUGGAUGUUUUUGAUUGGUCAAUUCCAGAAAAUUUACUCUGCAAACUUUCUGAGAUUAAGCAGGAAAAAUUUGUUAAAGGCACGGAUAGGGUACCAUUUGCUGGCUACAAGGGUCUUGAAGAACUAUGGGUUGAGCAAGUCUGAGCAUCAACUCAUAUAAGUUCAAUAAGGAUUUUAUUCCACUAGGUAGACUAUCUUUUAAUAGUGUUACCUACCUUAAUAAAUGUCUUUAAUCUUUUAGUUUUGAUGUGUAAUUUGUCACAUUCUAAUCUCAUCCUCUGAUUUAAAAAUGUUCUGGUAAGUUAGUAGAACCUUUUGAGUCGAUGUUUAUUACGCAAUAAUUGUCUUUUAUUUAUCAGUUUUAAUAUGUGUAAUUUGUCACGUAAUCUCAUCUAAUAUUCUGAUCUUAAAAUGUUA